CCCCCUGCGAGGCUGAUGCCCCGGCCGCGGCCCCUGUCCCUGCGCACCGGCCUGGGGGCCGAUCGCGCCGCGGCGGACACGGAGCCCGGGGUUCCUGCGGCCCCAGCCCGGGGUUCCUGCGGCCCCAGCCCGGGGUUCCUGCGGCCCCUGCGGGCUGCCCCCGGCGGGGCCAUGGUCCCCUUCCCCGCCUGCCUCAACUCGGCCGUGCUGGUGCUCUUCAGCUGCGACCUCUGCCUGGUGCGAGCAAAUAGGCCGCCAGCCCCAGUCAAUGUGACUGUUACGCACCUGAAGGCAAACUCCGCCACUGUCUCAUGGGAUGUCCCAGAAGGAGACGUCAUCAUUGGCUAUGCCAUCUCACAGCAGCGGCAGGAUGGGCAAAUGCAGCGGUUCAUCCGGGAGGUGAACACCACAAACCGGGCCUGUGUGCUGUGGGACCUGGCGGAGGAUGCAGACUACAUCAUCCAGGUGCAGAGCAUCAGCCUGCAUGGAGAGAGCCAGGCCAGCAAGAAGGUCCAUUUCCGGACCCUGAAAGAGACCGAUCGCCUCCCCUCCAACAGCUCCAACCAAGGUGACAUCACUGUGGAAGGGCUGGACAAGGAGCGGCAGCUCCAGACCGGGGAGAUUGUCAUCAUCGUGACUGUGCUGCUCAUGUGGGCAGCGGUGAUUGCGCUUUUCUGCAGACAGUAUGACAUUAUCAAGGACAACGACUCCAACAACAACAAGGAAAAGACCAAGCCAUCCUCAGAGCACAGCACCCCAGAGCGACCCACAGGGGGGCUACUGCGCAGCAAGAAAAAGUCUCUAUCUAUCAAUAUCAUUGAGGUGUGAGCACAGUUCAGCUCUGGAUCCGAGGGCCCUAGGAAUGUUGCCAGAGCUGAGGAAGAUCAUGGGAUAAAAGGACAACACCAGGCUGCCAGCCUGCAACCUUCAGCAUGCAAAGACUUGUUUAUCAGAAAUGAUGCUUCUUCCAAGGCCUUCUCCCCAUGAGGGGAUCUGCAUGGAGACCGUUGGGAUGAUGCAUGCAGAACUCAGCCUCACACCCAUCAUGUAACUGCCCAUGGGCUGCUCGGGAGUCAAUGGGGAGCCUGGAACAGCACCGAAAGAACAAACAGCAAUAUCUGGAUUUCAAGGGAUGUAGGAGCCUCCUGCUGAUGCAGGCAUAAUGUCGUGGAAGUGGGCUCUCAUGGCCCUGUCACUCAGCAGCUGUUAUGUAAACGGCAGUGUGUCCUCAUGUUCAUGCCUGUUACAGCCUUAGGCAUGGCCAGACCUAAGCCAGGCUGCAGACAUAGCUCCAGUCACCAGAGAGCCAUAGAAGGGGCCUAGCUCUCAUUCAGCAUGCCUGGAGCCUCAGAGGGAUUUUCUGUUUGUUUACGGUCCCAGAGAAGAGCCCACUUUCCAGCCCCCUAAGCCUGCAAGCCCAGACUGUGGGGCCCACAGAGGUGGAGCAGGUGCUAGCUCAGGAACGGCUGCCAAGAGAACUGAUCGGAGCUGGGGAGGUUUUCGCAGCACUCCCCAAAGUCUGGAAUCUGAACUGCAGGAUGGCCCCAUUCCCCCUGCAGACGUGACCAGAGAUGGUAUUCCAGCCCAAGGAGGCAGGAGGUUGGCUGGGUCACUGAGCUGACUUCAGCUACUGGCAGCUCAGAUGAGCUUCUCUUAGUAUGAGUGUGACCACCCCAGGGAGGUGAGGACCUCAGACCAGGAAGGGCCAAUGCUGCCUCGUGCUUGCCCAGCAAAGCAGGGCCUUGCCGCAGAGACAGCGGGAUGCAGGGGAGAGUUCUCCCUAUCACAUCUCACGCCUACCCAGUUUGUAGGGCAGCAGGGAUGUACCCAGUGCCCAUAAAAACAUAUCCCCUGCUAACUGCAUUGCCUGGGAGGUCUCCAGGUCAUGGUUCAGCUCUGGGUGUGGGAGGGAAAUCUAGCACAUAUAGCUCUGACUCCUCUCCUCUGGCUCCCUCGGAGGCUUCCAGCAUGCAGAAGCUCUGGUGCAGGCUACAUAGAGCCAGAGUCUAUGUCACUGGGAAACAUCCGCAGGCCCCAGAGAAAUGUGUGUGGCAGGGGAGAGAAUACCAUGCUGAAUCCCCAUGCCCCUGGGGGGCAAAGGCCUCAAUGCAAACUACCUGUGGCCCAUCUGCCUCCGCCCAUCAGGCAAAGGCCUCAGUUCAGGGCCCUGCCCAUACCCCCUCAUUCUGCCAAGGCCUCACUCUUGGUGCCUGCCCCAGCUCUAUCCUAUUGCUCCUGGCAUUGAAGGCCUCACUGCAGGCCCUGCCCCGAUUGCAGCGUGGUUUUAGGUUAGGUCCCUAUGGAGCGUGCGAGGGGGUAGUUCCUUUAUACACCAGUGCAUGGCCUAGAAGGGGUUGGUCUCCAUCCCUAGGGAGAUAGGCUGUCCCAGGGCUUCCCAGACACACAGCAUCUGCUGUAUGUUGGAGACAAUGGUGUCAGAGUCUGUGCAGAGAGCCAUUCCUCCUUCCUGACACGCAACUAGGAAAUGUGCUACUCCAACCCACCCCCAUCACAUCAUCAGCCCUGAACAUGGCAGAGUUCUCCCCCCACCACAACCCUUUGCAGCCUCCUGUGCCCUCCAAUGACUGCCUUGGACACUGCCAUGACAUACAAUUUCCAGGCCAUCUGGAAUCCUGGAGUUAAAUCUCUCUACCAACAGGGGCCAGGUGGGCAGGAUUCUACACCUGAGUUAUACAGUGUCCAUUCAGUCACAACCCUAGCCCAGCAUGCUCACAGACUCAGGCUCAGCGGGUCUUUACAGCCUGAAUCCUUGCCUGUGCUCAGCUGUCACGUAGGGAAAACGCUUCCAGUCCAAUAGGGUGAUAGUCCCACUCCUGCCGCACUCCCCACUGCUCUCUGGCUGCAGCUGUUACUCCUUCCCCCCAGAGCAGGCAGCACCUGUGGCCCAGGUUCCCAUGGGAGAGGGUGGUGCUUAUUCCACUAGGCCCUUCUGCUGGAAAGGAGCUGACCCAAGCAACUUGGAAACACCAAUGAAACCCACCAACUUCUUGUACCCACCAAUUAACCCUCAAGUUCAGGGCAGAGGAGUAUCCAGGAUGGCUAAAGCUGAACACCUCCUGCUAGCACCCAAACCCCAGGGUCCAUGUGGCAUCAUCGUGGAGUGAAUUCUGUCAUUUGGAACCAGCAUUGCUCCUAGCCAAAAGGCUGAGGCCAAACCAACCUCAGCCCCUCUACCCCACAUCUGCCUUCCUCCAUCAGAAGAAAAUAGAACAGCCUCCACUGGAGGAAUGACAGGUUUGUAGCCUGCUCCCCCAGGGGCUGGGAUGCUGUCUGUGCAGCCCCAGGAUUAAUGAGAAUCACAGGAUCCAGUGUCUUCCAGGAACUUAACCUUCAAGCAAAGAACUUUCAGGACUCUUCCCUCCAGGUGCUGCUUGGCUCCUGCCAUGGGAAUACUGGGGGCAGGGCAAGUGACUCCCUGUGGCAGGGUCUUUUCAAUAAAAGUCUCUGGCUCAAA